UUGUAGCUGAAAUAAUGGAGCAUAAGAGGCCACUGUCCCAAUAGCCUUUUUCUAAAAACUGCCUGGGGUUUGCUUCUUGUUUGUUGUCACAUAUGUCAAGUCAGUUGAGGCUGCGAAUAAGGAUAGAAUCACCGCCCCGACUGAGAACGCACCACGGCAGGGCAAAAGUGAAGACGGACGCUUUCUUCUUUUAUCUGGCUUCAGCAUGUACGGUCCACAAUCAACGAGAUUGAUGUAUUUCGGGUAAUAUGUUGUUUCCAUAGUCGUCACAUUUCGGGAAACUCUUUUGACAGUACUCUAGCGGAAUUAGGAACCGAUUCAGCUUCCCGGUUUGCUGUGCGCUGGCAGUUCCAGGACUAGCGGGGGUAAGACAAGCAGCCCCACUCCUACGCGCUGUCACAGAGAGACCUUCGCAUGCUGGGACAGCGAACAACAGUCUCCACACCGGAGCUGAACACUCCCGCCUUUAUGAAAUGAAUAGACACUGACGGAUUUUACAGAUUGGAGAUGACACCUCUAUAAACUACCGUCUCCACACUCACUAUUACGUGGCGUCUUGAUUGAAUGUAAUUUUUUCACACCAAAAAAAAAAGCGAAAAAAAGACGCAACUCCUUCAUCGCCAAGUUUCGGCGCUUCGGUCACAUUGGAGGGAGGCAGCGAUGGCAGCCUCGGUGACAGCGACACUCGCUCUCCUGGUUCUCACCGUGGCAUCUGCCUUGGGCGCUGAGGUGGAGGAGAGACUAGUAAACCACUUGUUGUCUCCGGAGCGGUAUAAUAAGUUGAUCAGACCAGCGGUCAACAAAAGCCAGCAGGUCACCAUCUACAUCCAGGUGUCCCUCGCGCAGCUUAUCAGUGUGAAUGAGAGGGAACAGAUCAUGACGACCAACUGCUGGCUCACUCAGGGGUGGCAUGACUACAGGUUAAUGUGGGACCCUGAGGAAUAUGAAGGCAUUAAAAAGAUUCGCCUCCCUUCCCAACACAUCUGGCUUCCAGACAUUGUCCUCUACAACAAUGCAGACGGGACCUACGAGGUGUCCUUCUACUCCAACGCCGUGAUCUCCAACAACGGCGAGGUGGCCUGGCUCCCGCCCGCCAUCUACAAGUCGGCGUGCAAGAUCGAGGUGCGCGACUUCCCCUUCGACCAGCAGAACUGCACGCUCAAGUUCCGCUCCUGGACGUACGACCGCACGGAGAUCGACCUCAUCCUGCUCAGCGACUUCGCCAGCCGCGACGACUUCAAGCCCAGCGGCGAGUGGGACAUCGUGGCGCUGCCCGGCCGCAAGAACGAGGACCCGUUCGAUGCCACGUAUCUGGACAUCACCUACGACUUCAUCAUCAAGAGGAAGCCGCUGUUCUACACCAUCAACCUGAUCAUCCCCUGUGUCCUCAUCACCUCCCUGGCCAUCCUGGUGUUCUACCUGCCCUCCGACUGCGGAGAGAAGAUGACCCUGUGCAUCUCCGUCCUGCUGGCCCUGACCGUGUUCCUGCUCCUGAUCUCCAAGAUCGUCCCGCCCACCUCCCUGGCGGUGCCGCUGAUCGGCAAGUACCUGAUGUUCGCCAUGGUGCUGGUGACCUUCUCCAUCGUGACCAGCGUGUGCGUGCUGAACGUGCACCACCGCUCGCCCAGCACGCACACCAUGCCCCCCUGGGUCAAACGCAUCUUCCUGUACCGCCUGCCCUCCUUCCUGUUUAUGCGGCGCCCGGGGAGCUCGAACAUCCGGGAGCGUUUCCGCCGGAAACACCAUCAGCGCUCGUACUACUCCGACCUCAAGCUGGGGGACGGGGCGGUGGCGGUGGCUGGGGCGGUGGCGGCCGCGGCAGAGUCAUCGCCCUCGUCCUUCUUUGCGAACGAGGAGUCGGCGCGACGCUACGGCUGGAGGAUCAGCGACCUGGGGGACAACACGGACUUAAGGAAGAGGAUGACGGUCAAGUGUCACGCCGGCGUGGACGAGGCGGUGGACGGGGUGCGCUACGUGGCCGAGAAGAUGAAGAGUGAGGACGACGAUGAAGGGAUCAUUGAAGACUGGAAGUAUGUAGCCAUGGUGAUUGACAGGCUGUUCCUGUGGAUCUUCGUGUUGGUGUGUGUGACUGGCACCUUGGGCCUCUUCAUGCAGCCUCUCUUCCAGAGCUACAACACCCCCACAGUGGACGAGCUAGAACAGAACUGAACCCUAACCCUCCCCCCAUUCCUCCUCAACACUCCUGACCCCCCAACACUGAACAAACUGCUCCUUCCCGGCAGAUAAAGAACUGUGUUAAGGUUUCCAUGCACCCGCGCACACACACACACACCAACACCUGCUUUCUAACUCUUCUAGUGAUGCCCUUGGCCUCCACCCAUACUACUGCAUAUAGAGGAAAGAGAGGCCUCCAUCCUCAUCUUCCCCCUUUCCUCGGUCACUCUCAAGAAGUCACCUGACCAGGAGCAACUCAGGACUGGACUCUCUUCUCUGUUCAGAUGCGUUUCAGUCUCUCUCUCUCUUUUUCUCUCCCCACACAAUCUUACAAUCUCUUCUGGUUCAGUCUGUCUUGUUGACUGUGAGAAGCCUAUGAGAACUGGGAUGUGACAUUCUACUCUGGCCUCAUGUGCAGAUACAGGACAGAUAUAGAGAACUGGAAAUCCUUUCUGAACCACUCCGGAAUCAUUAGCUGAGUCCAAAGAUCCGCACACGCAAACACACACUUAGACGCACACGGACACAACAUGUACACACAAAUACACACACACACACACACAUUCUCAUGGACAAGUAGUCGCACACAUGCAAAAAGCACCAAUCCCUGAUGAUGAGGGCGAUGGCUUAGCCUCCUCUGUGUCUCCCUGCCAACGACGCGCACGAACGUGUAACGCUUGCCUUCCGCAGGAUGGGGCAGACAGGGAUGGAUUUGGACGGGAGCGCCGGAAGGAACUUGGUUUUGCUGUGGAGGCAUUUUCCCCUCACGCCACAGCGCCUGGACAGGGCCCGCCACUGGCCACUCUCCGUUGACAGACUGUGAAAGCUAUAACAACGAAUCACUUCCGUCUGCCAAGUUGUGUCUAUGUUUUCUGUGCAUAAUGGCAAUUUUUUGGGGUGUGGGGAAGCAGGGGGGUAUAAUAGUUUUGGAAAUUCUGUCGUUUUUAACAACAAUGACCAAUGAGGCUGUUGUCACUCACUUUGCUUCUCUUAAAGAUACAGUAUGCUGGUUUAUCCAAGAAGUGUCCCUGUACAUAAUGCAGUGAAACCAGCAGCAGUACAGUACAUACAGUAUUGUAUACACAUAUCAGCUAGCAUACCUGCAGGAUUUAACUAGGUCUGUCUACACACUCACAGUCUUACCAUACCGUAUGAAUAUCGCUUUGUGUUUUCUGGAAAUGUUAUGGAAUUCCAGACCAGAUUUACUAAGCAUUUAAACCAAGGCUUGCAUCUUUAUUUAAAUAAAGUUCAAUUUAAACGUUUUAAGACUUUUUAGUUUUUACUACACAUUUAUGUCCUAUCCAUUUAAUUCAAUAGGAAAAUAAGAUGCAAGCUUUGCUUUUGGUGUGAAUUCUUGGUCAGUUCUAUCCUUCUGUGUCAACAAUAUCUGCUAUUUUAACUUCUCAUCACUGUCAAAAUUCACUUUGUAAUUGUUAACAAUGCCAAGGGAAAAGCUUAUGAUACAAAUGUAAGUGUAUUUUUUUCCUGUCUUUUGCUCUCUCAGUGGAAGGCCAGGGCUUUUGUGUCUUUCUAUUGGCUAUCCAUGUCAGGUGACCUAUUUUAGUUUUUUAAGUGGACAGGUAUAUUCCGGGACAAGCAAAGCAAAAAACUAAACAAUAAAAACUAAAUAAGUAAUUUAUGCUAAUGCCAUGCAAAAGGAAUCAAUAAAAAUGAAAAUGCAGACCCA